AUGCAUAAACUGUCUCACUUCAUCGACGCGCGAGAUUCCUUCGACACCGUGGACUCCCGCCUCCCAUCUCUGAGCAAUACAUCUGCUCCGGCCUCGCCGGCCUUUUCUUUGUUCUCUGCCACCGGUCACAAUCGCGUCUCCAGUUCGGUCUCAUCCUUGGUCCCCUCAUUAGCCAUGGACAGUCCCAGCCGAAAUCCCCUCUCCGGUGUCAAAGAAGAAGAUCUUGCUCGCGACUCGUUGGAAGAUCAAUAUUUCCAACAUUUCGAUUGUGGCAUGUCCACAGAAGAACCCUCUUUCCCCAUGGACCCCUCCGAUGGCUACGACUUGAGUGAUGCGGGUAUGGACUUUGCGCCCUCACCGAAGAAGCGUCGAUCAGAUAGUCUAUCUAUGAAGGGUGUCUCUCGUAUCAGCUCGCACAUCUCCACCAUGUCAACAAGAUGGAAGUCCAAACGAUCCUCAGGCAGUCCCGAACGAGACGUGUUCCCGGACGAUCUACGCUCGCGUGCCAACUCAGCGGCCUCCUCCGCCCUGACAAGUCCAACAAUGGGCCCAAUCAACCGCAUCGACUCCAUUCCCCCAUCCCCCGCUCGUACCAUCUUCGAGGAGCGCAUUAGCGAUUCUGGAGCCCGCCCCAUCGACAUCACUCGCGCCAACAGCUUGAGCCAAGACGACAAUGACGGCCAGGCCACCACUCCCCUCUUACCCCCAUUCAUGGGCGAAGAUCCCACAAGCGCUAUCGCCUCCCGCGUUCAAUCCCCACUUCAAUCCCCAUCCGUCGCCGACGUGAGCGUGACAGAUUUGCCAAAAUACGUCAUCUGCUCCGAGUCCCGGUUCGCUGGCAUCCCGUCACCGCCACUAUCAUCCAGACCCUCCAUCGCCUCUAUGAGCCGUCCACGAGCCAGCACCACUUCCCGCAUCGUCUCCGGUGAAGUCGCGCCCUUCAUGCUAUCGGAUCCUAACGAUGAAUGGGCCAAUAAGCUCGGCCACGCCAACUUCACCAUCCAGCCGGAGCCCUACGAGCCAUCGACUUGCAAUCUGGACAAUUUCCACCUGUUCCGCGCCGACUGGGAUCUCGCCCGCUGUAACUUUGCCAAGCACCUCGUACGCACGGGCGAACACUACGGCACAACGUCCAACAUCUUCAAGCUUACCGGCGAGAAAUGGGAGUUCCUGAACCGCCAGUGGCGAAUGCAGCAUGAUGCCUUGCUAAAUCAGCUCGAGAUGAUCGACGGCGUCGCUCUCACAUUGACCCAAUCAAAUCUCCACCGCUGCGAGCAGGAAGUCCGGAUCCCACGCCUACAUGAUAACGACAAGUUUCCCGAAAUGGGCGACGAGGAUAUCGUGGGCCCAAUGUCCGUUGCCCCGGCUGCUGAGACUCGUGGAUUCUGUCGAACGAAAUCCCUCAAGAAGCGCAACUUCUUCAAGUUCUUCCAGGAUCUCGUCUCGCGCCCAUAA